CAACGUAGUACGGCCAAACUGUAUAAACAGCCACCCAUGCAUCGUACCACCGCUUGAUCCUGCCACGUCAUCAAAAAGACCAACUUUACAGCGUGGCGUCAUCUGGACCGUCAAUAGUGCCAGUAAAACAAGGGAUUUGGAGGCAAAAUAAUUUGUACGCAUCAUCAUCUAUGUAUUUUCAUUUUCCAUGGAAUGCAAAGAAACGAAAAAGAAACCCAAAAUAAAUUAAUAAUAAAUAAAAACAAAAGAAGGGAGAAAGAGCAGCGUGAUUUGCUAAUUGGCAUUUUAUAAAGCGGCACUGCAAAUCCCAACCCCAAUUUCUCUCUUUCUCUCUCUCGUUCUCCGAUCAGUUUCCUUUCGCCGGCGAAUUGUGUCACUGAUCGGCGUCACCGAGCGAGGGUUUUCAUUUUCGGUCAAUUUUCCGGUGAGGUAAGACCCUUGAACAAAACAAAAUAAUAUUGCUAUCUUUUCACCGUUCUGGUCGGUUUUCUUCUGACGAGGGAAGACUUGGUGGCAUUUCGAUUGAUUUUGCUUCAGAUCUGGGAGUGUGCGCGGGGGGAUUUAUGUUGACUUUGAUUUAGGGUUUUCUGGGUUGGAUUUGGUUUGGGUUUUCGUGCUGAAUUAUUGGGAUGGCUGUUUUGGGGAUUUAGGGUUUUUUUGGGCUGGAUGGAACCUGGCACGAGAAUAGGUGGCCCUUCUGGGGUUGUGGUAAAGAAUAAAAGCUCUUCGGGGUGUUUAAUUGUGAGAAAAAAAGGGGAUGGUCUUGGCGGUGGGGUUGUUGGUUCUUCGAGUACUCGUAGGCAGUUUGAAUCGAAGAAAGUGAGGAAAAAGCGCAAGGUCGAUUUGAGUGAUUCGGGAUCGAGCGAUGAGUUACUCAUGCCUCCUGCUAGAAGGCUUGGCCCUGAGACCAUUCGAGUGUGUAAUAAUUUGACUGCUUUCGAACGGGGUAUGGUUGGAGGAGGUGAAAUCAGUAGGAAGAGGGAGAGAAUGGAGCAAAUUAGGCGUAAUGGAGAUGGGAUGGGCGAGGAGAAUGGUUUAGAGAGGAGGGAAAGGAAGCGUAAUAAGUUGGAUGUGUUUGAUUUUGAUGAAUAUGAUGGUAUGGAUGUUGAAGUGAUGAGAAGGAGGCAUUUUGAUAAUAAUGGGGUUGGUUUAGGAGGAGGAAGGUUUCUGGGAGUAAUGCAUGCUGCUAGAAGUAGCAUUGAUAGGGAAUUUGAAACCGGUUCAAGCAGACACACUGUGGAUAAGAGAAAAAACUCCUAUUAUGACAGAGCAAGUGGCUUGUAUCUGGGUGAUAGUGUUGACCAUAGUAGGUUCAAGAUAAACAGAGAUGGAGCUCAGCGUCCACUACCCAUGUUGAGAGAGAGGUUUAAUUCAGAUGAAUCCAUUAGGGUUCAGGGUAAAAAUGGAGUUUUGAAAGUUAUGGUUAAUAAGAAGAAGGUGGGUGGGCAACUGGAACACUAUGAUCAUCACAAACCUGUGGAAAGUAGACAAAGCUUGAGGGCUGAGGGCUCUGCCAAGAGGAAUGUCCUGAUCCAUCUUCCGUCAUACACUGAAACAAAACCUGUUGAGAAACAGGCUUUACAAGUUAGGUCAGAGAAGAAACAGAUAGCAAAAAGAAAAUCAUUGUCAAGUAAGGAUAGUAGGGGUGAUGAGCAGGAUUCAGAUAACAGUGACACAUCAUUAAAUCUGGGAGUAAAAAAUAUUGAAGCUCGUAAAUCAUCAAAGAAAAUAACCUCUGAAGAUGAACAGACUCCCGUGCAAGAAAAACUCCCCAAUACAAGAAUGAAAGAGGGAAAAAUCAAGCGUGGCAGUGGUACAGAAAAGCAAAAACUACGAGAACGAAUACGGGAGAUGUUGCUGAAUGCAGGUUGGACCAUAGACUAUCGCCCUCGAAGGAAUAGAGACUAUCUAGAUGCAGUUUACAUCAACCCAGGGGGUACAGCCUAUUGGUCUAUCAUCAAGGCUUAUGAUGCACUUCAAAAGCAAUUGAAUGAUGAUGAUAACGAGGCCAAGCCCAAAGGGGAGAGUUCUUCUUUUGCUCCCAUCUCUGAUGAUGUGCUCAGUCAAUUGACAAGGAAAACACGAAAGAAGAUGGAGAAAGAUUUGAAGAAGAAGCAAAGAGAUGAUAGUGAGAGUGACAGUGAAAAAGAGCAGAAGAUUAAAAGAACUACCAGCAAAAGACAUGAUAUGAAUGGCAUUGAUAGUGAUAGCAACGAAGAGAAGUUAAGUUCCUUUAUAAAGCAAGGAAGUAAGUCAAUGAAAGCUAAAAUGAUUGAAAAUGCUGUCACCAGUGGUAUCUCCAAAAGCCAGAAUGCUACUCGUCACUUAAAUGAUGGAACUGAAAAAUCACUCCCUGGAAAUGAUUCUCAUCUACAUGGAAGAAAAAGUAGAAAACAUGGGAGGUGCACUUUAUUAGUUCGUAGUUCUAACAAAGGAUUGAAUUCAGAAUCUGAUGACUUUGUUCCCUACACGGGCAAACGAACAGUGCUUUCUUGGUUGGUUGACUCUGGGGUAGUACAGGUUGGCCAAAAGGUUCAGUAUCGUAGAAGGAAGCGAGUAAUGCUGGAGGGAUGGAUCACAAGAGAUGGCAUUCAUUGUGGCUGCUGUAGUAAAAUCCUUACAGUUUCCAAGUUUGAACUUCAUGCUGGAAGCAAAUUACCCCAGCCAUAUCAAAACAUAUAUUUGGAUUCUGGAGUUUCUCUUCUACAGUGCCAGAUAGAUGCAUGGGAUAAACAAGAGAAUUCUAAGAAAAUCAGUUUCCAUUCAGUAGAUAUUGAUGGUAAUGAUCCAAAUGAUGAUACGUGUGGUAUAUGUGGAGAUGGAGGAGAUUUAAUCUGUUGUGAUGGUUGUCCUUCAACAUUUCAUCAGAAUUGCUUAGAUAUACAAAUGCUUCCUCCUGGUGAAUGGCAUUGUCCGAACUGCACCUGUAAAUUUUGUGGACUAGCCUGUGAAACUAUUGACAAAGAAGAUGAUGCAAUUGUAUAUACCCUGCAUACAUGUGAUUUGUGCCAGAAAAAAUAUCAUGACUGUUGUACCAAGGAUAUGGGUGCUUUUCCUACUAACUCCAAUAUGUUGGGGCCUUCCUUCUGUGGAAAAAGUUGCAAAGAGCUUUUUGAGCACUUGAAGAAGUACCUUGGGAUCAAGCAUGAACUUGAUGCAGGCUUUACAUGGUCUCUUAUUCAUAGAACAGAUGAGGACUCGGAUGCAGCUAGUAAGGGAAUUACCCAGUCCAAGCUAGCUGUUGCACUGACUGUGAUGGACGAGUGCUUUUUACCUGUUGUUGAUCGGAGGAGUGGGGUCAAUUUGAUACAUAAUGUAUUAUAUAAUAGUGGGUCAAACUUCAGUCGGUUGAAUUAUAGUGGCUUUUAUACAGCUAUUUUGGAGCGAGGUGAUGAAAUAAUUUCUGCAGCAUCUAUCAGAUUCCAUGGGACUAAGUUAGCUGAGAUGCCAUUCAUUGGAACUCGCCAUAUAUAUAGGCAUCAGGGAAUGUGUCGCCGACUUUUUUCUGCCAUCGAAUUGACUCUUUGUUCUCUGAAGGUUGAGAAAUUGGUUAUUCCUGCAAUUUCUGAACUUGUUCAUACGUGGACAAAAGUUUUUGGCUUCACACAUCUUGAGGAAUCACUCAGGCAAGAAACAAGGUCAUUGAAUAUGUUGGUCUUCCCUGGUAUUGAUAUGUUACAGAAGCUGUUAGUGGAGCAAGGAAGACUUGAGGGUGCUGAGAAAAUUGAAAAUGGAGAUGAGGAUUUUAUUAAGCCCAAUACAGCGAAUAGGUUAGAUGUGGAUGCCUCCGAUUUGCAAGAUCCUCAUGGAAGUGAAGAUGCUAGUUCAGAUCCUGCCAAUGAGAUGAACAAUGAAUGUAGUGAUGCUUCUCAAGAACUAAACGAUCAAGGUAUGGUUGGUAGGACUGUUUGCUCCAAAUCUCAUUCUGAGGAAAGAUUAUCUGAUUCCAUUUCAGAUAAUUGUGUUUCUCCUUCUAGUACUAGUCAUGGAGUAAUUGAAAAGAAAAAUGAAAUAGGGAAGACCUGCCCUGUUAAUGAUAAACUUUGUCUUUCCAAAUGUCAGCUCGUUUCAUCAAAUGACAUUUCUACAACUACUCUUCCAAUAGAUGCUCCCGAUUGCCCUGGAAUUCCAGUUUUGGGUCAGGAAACAGCUUGUUCUGACCCUGAUUCUGCUAAAAACAUGGUUGAACUUGUUUCUGACAGGAAAUGUCAUGCCUUGAAUGAUAAUGCUCUUUCUUCUGAAGAGGUUGAUACAAAUGAUACCCGUGAUGAGGAUCAUGAAACUGGUCCUUCGGUGAAUUUAUCUCAAGAGAAUAUUUCCAAGGAGAAUAAGGAAAAUGUUGAUAUCUCUGGUUCUGUUUGUAAUCAUGCUGGUGAUUGUUCUUUGGAAGUAAGAUCUGAGUUGAAUAGUGAAAUUGCAUGAGGGAGAAAAGAGUUCACACAUGGAAACAGAAGUUGCAUAAAAUGAAAUCCAUCUUAAUGAAACAGGCCUAAAUGCUUCUGGUGAUAGUUCUGAAAUUGAUCCAGUAUAAGAGAAUGAUCGAGUCUAAUAUUGCUGAUGUGUUUUAGUUCUGCAUGCGACUCUCACAAUUUUCUUUCAAAGACUCGAUGCCUUGUAAACGAUCAAUUUUCAAGGCUUCGGAGCGUAUGUGUCAUGCUUUAAUCAGGAUAGUAUGAAAAGGUUAUAUUGAUUUCAAGGGAAAUAGUAAUCGGUCCCCUCCUGAUGUCUGUCUUUUAAGUAUAAAUUUCUCAAGGUUCUAAUUAAUCUCAGUUCAUGUGACUGUUUUUUUGCCAAAAUGUUUGAAGGUAGUUUUUGGGCUUUUGGCUCAAGAUCUGUGUGAAUACUCAAUGGAUGAAGAAGUUUGCCUGCGAUGUGCACCAAUCCUACAUAGUUCAUGCGUGAGCAGAUCCUUUUGAGUGUAUUAUAUGAUUCUUGUAGUCUGUAUCUGAAUCUGGUGGAGUGGAUUUAGGUUCCAUCUCAAGGCUUGUGUCACUAUAUGUCCACAGUAAUUCAUCACAUUACAUCAGCUGUGACAGAUACUUGGAACAAUUUUGUUUUGAUUGGCGGCAUAUUUUUUAUUGACUUGUUUACAUUAUGAUGGCCCGUUUAUGGAAGCAAGUAUCAAUGUUUUUUAAAUUUCAAUCCUAGUAGCACCUUCUACUCAGCAUUGUGAUCCAUGUCUGCCCAAGUUCUUCAAUUCAGAAGUUCGAUCUUGAUGUUCCAUUUUUGGGGGUUCCGAUGCUUUCAGUAGAACACAGGUUUGUCUUAAUAUUAAAAUGAAUGGCAUGUGAAUGGGGUUUUCUUACAUCAGGAACCUUAUUUGUGGGUGCACUGCGCAGUGAAUAACGAUCCUGCUUGUAGGCUGUAAAGACCUUUCUUUGUAAAGCGUUUGUUGUCUGGGUUGGUGAGGUUUUUUUUUUUGUUUUGUUCGCUUUUUCUUUCUGUAAUUAAGGUUAAGGUAAUGUUUGAUGUCAAAAUGGCAAUUGAUGCCAUCUCGAAUAAUAUUAUUGUACUUGUGACGUCCCUUAGAAUCAUAGGUCCAUUUUCAUUUCAUGAGAGGCUUUAACCCAUUUGUCUCCGUGAUCAGAGUUCUCAUCAUGUUUGAUGUAGAGAUUUAUAUGGCAUAAAAGAUUCUGAAGCCUGGUGGAACUGCCAUUCUUAUGAAUGCAGGAUAUUGAUUUCCUGACUAAUUUAUAUAUUGCUUUAGGAUUAGUU